ACCAUAAGAUUCCCUUAUGGGUAGAUUGAGAAUAUUAAGGUGCUGGUAUAAAAGAUGAGGCUGAAUGAGAGCCGGACAAAAUCCUUCCAGGCUCCUGUCACCAUCCAUAAUUACCCGGGCAGGCAGGUGUAUGUGUUUCCCAAUGGCCGAUCUGAUUCAGAAGAGUCAUCAGAGGAGGAACUCAACAUUAUGGAAUUGCGACCGAGGGGCAAGGAGCAGCAGCGAUGCAGCACUUCUCGGGACAGAGUUGGAGACGUGGUACUUCUGGAACGAGAGAUUACAGAGGAUGAUAAUCUUAACAAGCUAGCCCUGCAGUAUGGUUGUAAAGUUGCAGAUAUCAAACGCGUCAACAACUUCAUCCGGGAGCAGGACUUGUAUGCACUGAAGUCCAUCAAGAUCCCCGUGAAGACCCAUGGGCUGUUAACGGAGAAUGGCAGAGAACUAAGGCCGCUCCCGACGGGGCCCUCCCAGACCGGCCUGACGCUGGUGGACUUACCGGAGCCUGAUGACGGUGCGAGCAGCUCUGCUGACGGCAGGCACCUGAGCGACUACUUCAAGGGGAUUGACAAGAGCAUUCAGGAUGCGGUGCAGGUGGAGGUCCAGCUAAACACAGAGUAUUGCAUGGAAGCACUGGAGAGGCCGCUGCCCGAGUCAGGGAAGCAGGAGACCAGUAAUGGUGCGGACUGUGGAAUCCAGUGGUGGAACGCAGUUUUUGUUAUGCUCCUGAUAGGAAUUGUCCUGCCAGUAUUUUAUAUCAUCUAUUUUAAAACACAAGGCCUGGUGGCCCAUACCUCCAACACAACACUAACCUCAAAUAUUUCAAUGGAUGGAUUGGAAGGGAAAUUACCACAAAGCUCAGUUGUAGAAAAAAAAUCCUAAGGGGGAGAGGCAGCCAAAUACAGCCUCUCCUCCCGGCACUGAAGCCCGUAUGCCAGUGACUCUGACUCGAGUGCAUUCAAGGGGAUAACAAUACAGAUUAUUUUUAUUUUUUUAAGUAGCUGAUGUUGUAAUCCUGAACUUGACUGAAAGUGAGGUGAUGUGAUUUUAUGGAAGAAUAAGGAUGCUUUGUUGCUUAUAAAGACCAUCAGGCAGCUGGCUUAAGGUUCGUGAACUCUGUUGAGGGAAAGUUAUUUUGUAGCGAUUGACUCAUCUUGGUUGCUUCAGGUAUUUAUUAAUGCCUUGUCUAAGAAGCGAAUCCUUUGCUGCUGAGCUAAAGAGUGCAGUAUUAAUGUGAUUGGAAAGUUUGGGGGUUGUUUGCGUUUUAAGAAAACACUUCUUGCUUAGAGUAGAAGCGGGGACUCUUCUUUUUCUCUGGACUGUCAUUUUUAUCUCUUGCAGACCAUGGCAGUGUUGGCAUACUUAACCCUAAAAUGGUGACUUCUGGUGGGUUAAGCUAGGUGUGCUGCAGCACGAGGAUGCUGACAGCACCUCACCUUUUCAUCCUUUUGAGCAAACGUUUAAGCUGUGUUUAUUAGGAUGCUUCAAGCCCACCGCUGGGGAGGGUGAGCCCAGACCUCUCCUCCUCAGUGAAAUCCUUCAGGGACUUCUCUUGAAAUCCGGUGUCUCUGCAGACGGCGCUCACUGCAGAAUCCAUGCUUUCACCAGGGUACUGCAUGUCCAGAGCCAAUACUUCAGCAUGACUGCAGAUGGCCAAAGAGUGUAUUGGAGGAGGAUGUGAGAGUAGCGUUAGGCCUGUGGUACGUAGUACGCGCUUCUCAAAGGCUCAUUUGUUGGGCGGGGGAAGGGGCUCUAGCCAGUGUUACUUUGGGGGGGGAGAAUUCAUAAUGGUGCAUCUCAAACACCCAAUUGCAGUCAAUUGAUUUGAGUUUCCUUGGUUGUAGUCUUCAUGCGGGAGAGCCUUGCUAAGUAGCAUUUAAUUUGCAAGGGCCGGGAAAGAAGCCCUGCAUUACCUUAGACAGUCACGGGAAGACGUGUAAAUCUUUUAUAGGAUGGGGACUGUGAAGCUGCUGCAUGUUAAGUGUUUCUGUGAACUCCUGACGUUUGCAUUAAGAAGCUUCUGAGCGUGCAGGCAAGACUAAUGAAGCUUCAGAGGCUGGUGGUGUCCUGAGAUGUCUGUGCUGUUUAGGACGAGUCAGUAAACACUACAUGCUAGGAGUGAGCAGAAAAAUGAGGCUUUGGGGAGCUUUGUUGCAGGAAGAAUUUGCCUCAAAAUUUAAUUCAGCAAAUUCAGAGACUGUGGGCAGAGGUAAACUCUCAUGUAGAACCAAACACUGAGGUAUUUUGCAGCACAGUUGCAUGAAACCUGGCCAGGGAUGGGGUAAUGCUACAAUAUAAGUAGCAGCCAGCUGAAUGCGGCGCUCGCUGUUUCGGUAAGGGUCUCAGCCCUUUCCUGAGCCGCUUGCACGGGCCUU